UCAAAGUUCACUAUAUAGAGAGCUCAGUGAGCUGAUCAGAGAGAAAGCAUUCUGCCAGCCCGGCUCCUACCAAUCGCAAAUCACUUCCUAACCUCCGCCUUUUUAACAUAUUUGAUCACUUUGAUUCCGCACUCCUUUUUCCGAUUAUUUUUCUGUCCACGGAGGAGGUUUGUAGGUUGUGAUCUCUGUUUUUUGUUUUUUGUUUUAGUGCUUUCGCUUUUUGCUGGGGAGAGUUGUCUUCAUAUUCCAGCCUCUCAAAACAUUGGCUCCAGCCGCGCGCUUGCUGGCGCUGUACCUCAGAGGAAGAAAAGGAAGAAGACGCGAUUUUUUUUACCCAGUUGGUGAUUUUCUUCAAGACUUGAGCUGGAACUUGAUAGUAGCUGCUACAGUGUGCUCACCAAUUGUUUCAUGCUGCUGCAGGCGUGCUCUCUCCAACCUGCUCCAUCCUCCUCUGAAUAGUCCAUGCUACCUCGGCUGGGUAUUUGAAUAUUUAGCCUGUCUUUUCCCAUUGAUGGCUGUGCUGGAUGGCUGACUGUAAGCGCCCCUGGACUUGGCCUUUAAGCGCAAGGCAGCGACUCAGCUCGCCAUCGCAUCAGUUUUGAAAACGUGCUUCGCAGCGUCUCCAACAGCAAUAAAUCGUCAGUUUUUCCGGAGUGGAUUCAACGUAGGCUAGAUUUGACAUUUUGUGUCACAGUUUGCCGCGUUUCCCAGAGACAUUCUCCACCGCGACAGCAAAACGGCAGACAAAAAGUUUCUUUACGUUGACUGAUAGAUAUGGCAAUGGUAGUGUGGAGAGGCUCCCAGGACGAUGUGGCUGACACCCAAGGCACCCUUUCCUCGCAGACCCAAGGAGGACUAUCUCUUCCCACCCCUCAACCAGGCCAGUUGGGUCUGACAGCCUCUCAGGUCGCCCCUCCGACCCCUCAGACGCCGGUCCAAGGACCCCCGAACAACACACAAUCCACGCCGACGAACCAGACGUCGGAGAAGCAGCAGCCGCAGCACAUUGAGUGUGUGGUGUGUGGGGAUAAAUCCAGUGGCAAACACUAUGGCCAGUUUACUUGCGAGGGGUGCAAAAGCUUCUUCAAACGGAGCGUACGACGGAACCUCACUUACACAUGCCGUGCCAACAGGAAUUGUCCAAUCGACCAACACCACCGCAAUCAGUGUCAGUACUGCCGCCUCAAAAAAUGCCUUAAAGUCGGCAUGAGACGGGAAGUUUCUCUUUUUACUGCAGCCGUGCAAAGGGGACGGGUGCCACCCACACAGCCACACCACGGUCAGUUCGCCUUGACAAAUGGAGACCCACUGCACUGCCAUUCCUACUUAUCCGGAUAUAUCUCUCUUCUGCUGAGAGCGGAGCCCUACCCGACGUCCCGGUAUGGCAGCCAAUGCAUGCAGCCCAACAACAUCAUGGGCAUCGAGAACAUUUGUGAACUAGCAGCCAGGAUGCUGUUCAGCGCCGUGGAGUGGGCCAGGAAUAUUCCCUUCUUUCCAGACCUGCAGAUCACAGACCAGGUGGCUCUGCUGAGGUUGACGUGGAGUGAGUUAUUUGUGCUGAACGCGGCGCAGUGCUCCAUGCCCCUGCAUGUGGCUCCUCUCCUGGCGGCGGCUGGCCUGCACGCCUCCCCCAUGUCCGCGGACAGAGUGGUGGCCUUUAUGGACCACAUUAGGAUCUUCCAGGAACAAGUGGAGAAGCUCAAAGCUUUGCACGUUGACUCUGCUGAAUAUAGCUGCUUAAAGGCAAUUGUGCUCUUCACCACAGAUGCUUGCGGCCUCUCAGAUGUGGCCCAUGUGGAAAGUUUGCAGGAGAAGUCCCAGUGCGCCCUGGAGGAAUAUGUCCGGAGCCAGUACCCCAACCAGCCCACACGCUUUGGGAAGUUGUUACUCCGCUUGCCUUCCCUCCGCACAGUCUCUUCCUCGGUCAUAGAACAGUUAUUUUUCGUCCGAUUGGUAGGUAAAACCCCCAUUGAAACUCUCAUCAGGGAUAUGUUGCUGUCGGGGAGCAGUUUUAACUGGCCUUACAUGUCAAUUCAGUAAACCAAGAAGGAGACGAACAAACAAAAGGUGGGGCUGGGGAGGGGAGGAUGAGGAGGAGGAUGAGGAGGAGAAGGAGGAGGAGAGGGGGGGAGGGGGGGGGGACUGCGAGACUACAAUGAUUAUAGCUGCUUUUGUGGAAGGAAUAAAAAAAAAGCAACCGGCUGUUACACGGGGCUGGCUUUCAUGAAGAAAGACAUUGACGUAAAUGACUGUGAAUUCCCCCCCAAUACUCCCCAAAAAUUGAGACAUGCACUGAACUUUCAAAAUGGCAGAAACAAGCUCCCAGAACAACCUGCUUCGAUUCAUUUUUUUUAAUGAAAGAAGAAAAUGAGGGGAAAAGGAGGGGAUUUUUUGUUGAUCCUUGUAAGGAAAAUUUAAGUAUUAAGUGCAUUUAAAAAUGAUAAUUUGGGUUAAAAAAAGAAAAAAAAAACUGGAGAAAAGAAAAUACGGAACGUGAAAUUUUCUUUUCUCAAACUGACUUGUCCUGUGUCCAUGUAUAGCUGUGUUUUGUACUUUCUUUGUUCCUCCUUUCUGGUUCCAAACCGGCCUAUGUGAUUUCUGUAGUACAGGUGGUGUUAUUUUCUAAGACAAUGAUUUUAUUUUGAAAAGGUGAAAUAAUGUUUCAAAAAACGUUCUAAAAAGAAUUAAAACCACAGCAAUAGGAGUAUAGGCUUAUAAACUAGGCUUAAUGCUGCAAGCGCACUUAUAUUGUUAGGACGACCAACACCAUGAGGGAGGAUUUUAGAGUUCAUAUUCAACUUUAUGACCCAGCCAGGACAUUUCACCAUUUCAUAAAUAACGUUAUUUCACAAAUUAAUGGAUGGAAGGUCUUCCCCAUUUCAUCUAGAUUGUAUAUGAUGAAGAAGUCCCCCAAUUGGCUACAAUAAAAAUAAAAUCCAACAAGUUGCCUGCUGUUGCUCUUAAUGCGUAAAAUAUGCACGUGAGAGCGUUGCAGUGAUCCAAGCUGCACUGAAAUCACACCUGACUUCCUAACAAAAAAAACUGGUGAGGUCAAGGGUCAUAAAAGUUUGAAGCCUAGCCGGAGUAGUGUUUAAUAGCAGUAUUAUUAAAGCGUCCCUGACAUGUCACCCUUUAUUCACUUCAAGCAUUAAGUGCCUGACAAGCAUGAUGUGAUUUCUUCUCCAAACGUUGUUAAAGUGGGCCUGUACGACAUUUUUUGGGGGGAACAACACAAUUAGAAAUGAAACUUGAUUCGUGUUAUUUCACGUGACAGACGCUGAUCAGAGGCAGUAUUCUUGUAAAUAUAGGUCAAUUCAUUUUCAGCGAGUUUUUUCCUUUAUACAAAGUAUAUGUGAUUAAGAAAAAUCUGUGGUUGCCAUUUUUUUCUCUCGGUAAUACAACGUCUUCAAAAUUGAGUGGCAGACUUAGCUAGUAGCACUGAAGGUUCUGUUUUUAAUGUAUAUACAUAUUACUACAAAUGUUUUCUUUUUCAUGUAUAUUUAGACUGUGAAUGCAUGGCCACAGGUCGCUAACCUAUUUUACCUUUGAUAUAUAAAUGUAAAUGUUUUCUCUCUCUCUUUUUUGACUGUAUAGAUAUAAUCUGUGCAUUCAGUACACUAGCCCUUGUAUUUAAAGAAACAAAAAAAGAAAAGAAACGAGCGUUCAUUAUUAGGCUACAGACUUAAACAGGGUGAGCAGGUUUGGAAAAAAGGAGUUGAUAUUUUAACUUUAGUGUUAUUGCUCCUUUUGCUCUUUGACAGGUGCCGUUGUGGUGUGCGCGUGCGCGCGUGUGUGCGAGAGCGAAUGUGUGCGUGCGUGUCUUUGGAAGCUAGCAAUUUCGUCCUUGUUUUUGAGGCUUUUCUUCGCCACACACAGAAACAGCACGCUGUGGUUGAAUUAAAAGGGAUCACUGAUUGAACACUGAUCUUUGGCUGUGCGGAGCCACAUAUGGACCAGAGAAUGAUACAUGAUUGUAAUUAUGAACAGUUUAAACUGACCCACGUUUUUAUAUAAAUAUAUAAAAAUAUAUGACUGCAGGGUAUUGAUAACGUAUAGAUACUUUUUUUAUGAUUAUUAUUAUUAAUUGCAAGUGAUAUAUGUGAGUGUGUGUGAAAGUUUAUAGUUGAACACAAUUCUUGUUUGUUUGUGUUAGCUUAUUGUAAACAAGCAUUCUGCUGUAAAUUUGUUCUUGGUAUUAAAUUAUAAUUUAUGAAUUUG